GAAACCUCUGGUGAUCGUGUUCUUAUGCCUCAUUGUCCAGCACUGGGUCGCAUGGCUUCAUGGGUCACAAGGAGUCUGGGAAGUCAUCAGACAGCCACCUAGGAGUGCUUCUCUGACAUCCUUCUCUAUAUCCACCCCUCUUUCAGAAUGUCUUUGCGCUUCUCAGCCAGAGUUAGGGAGGUGGUGUGAAUUAAUAAAAAGUAUAUGAUCAAGAGUCAAGACCCUGCUUGCCGUGUGACUUUUGGAAACUCCCUGGAAUCUCUCUGAUCCCCAGCUUGCUCAUCUAUUAAAUGGUCCAAUAUAACACCUGCCUUGCCUACUGAACAGUGCAGGGAUUGGAGAGGAGGGGUCACUCCAGGUCCUCACAUCACUCCAGGGGCAACAGAGCUGACCAGGAACCAAGAAAGGCUGGUGACCUGCGGCCUGGAGCGGCGGGAUCAGCCCCCAAGCCACAGAUGAGCCCGUGGCCAGGAAUUCAGUGGGAGGAGCCUACACUGCCUCCCAGUCCCCGCGCCUGCUCCGACAAGCACCUGGCACGGUUUCUCAGCUUCCACACCUGGAGAAUGGGAGAAGGGCCCACCUCUCACAAUGGGCCCAGGAUGUGCUAAGGAAACAACCCGCCUGGAUUCCAUCAGCAAAAUGACGAACGUGGAGGAAAACGUGCCCCUGAAGGACCCUGGCGAUGCAGAGAGCGGGCCCUGUAAGCCCGAAACCUCAGGACCGACCCGGCAAGACAUGAGCAGCCCCAAGAACCACCCUUUCAGUCUGAUAGAUACAGUUAAUGAUGUUUCCAAGCUGAGCAAGGAGAUUGGGAUGAAUCAUGAUUUCCACAUGGAAGAGAAGGUUUUGCCUCCAAGCAGUCUGGAAGGCAGGGUCAAGGAGACAAUGCACAAUGCCUUUUGGGAUCAUCUGGAAGAGCAAUUAUUAGCUACUCCUCCAGACUUCAGCUGUGCUCUUGAACUCCUAAAAGAAAUUAAAGAGAUCUUGCUGUCACUGCUAUUACCACGCCAGAACCGCCUAAGAAGUGAGAUUGAAGAAGGCCUGGACAUGAACCUCCUUAAGCAGGAAGCAGAACACGGAGCCCUGAAUGUCCCUCGUCUCUCUAAGUACAUUCUCAACAUGAUGACUCUGCUGUGUGCGCCAAUUCGAGAUGAAGCAGUGCAGAAACUAGAGAACGUCACAGACCCUGUUCGGUUACUGAGAGGAAUCUUCCAGGUUCUGGGCCUGAUGAAAAUGGACAUGGUGAACUACACUAUCCAGAGCCUUCAGCCCCAACUGCAGGAACAUUCCAUCCAGUGUGAACGAGCUAAAUUUCAGGAACUCCUCAACAAGCAGCCUAGCCUCCUCGAUCACACUACCAAGUGGCUGACCCGAGCGGCGGCAGACCUCUCCACGCCGCCGCCUAGCUGCCCUGACUCUCCCGACUCCUCCAGUGUGGUCUGCCCCUCUCCAAGUGAGGCAGCCAACAGCCUGGAGCCCCUCAACCCCAAAAUAGUGCUGUCCCAGGGCUUCCUGAACCUCCUCCUCUGGGACCCCAAAGAUGAAGAGUUCCCUGAGACCCUGCUGAUGGACAGAGCCCAGCUGCAGGAGCUGGAGGCCCAGCUGCGCCAGUUAACCAUCCUGGCCUCGGUCUUGCUAGUGGCCAGCAGCUUCUCUGGCAGUGUUCUGUUUGGCUCGCCUCAGUUUGUGGAUAAGCUGAAACGCAUAACCAAAGCCCUGAUGGAGGAGUUGAAGUCCAGGCCUGAGGAGGAGGCUAUGCUGACUGUGAGUGAACAGGUGUCUCAGGAAAUCCAUCAGAGCCUCCAGAACAUGGGCCUUGCUGCUCUGAGCAGCGACAACACAGCAUCGCUGAUAGGAGAGCUCCAGAACAUCACCAAGAAGGAGAACUGUGUCCACAGUGUCAUUGGUCAGCGGAUCCACUUGUUCCUCAAAUGCUGUUUGGUUCUUGGUGUGCAGCGGUCUCUGCUAGACCUCCCUGGAGGCCUUACCCUCAUUGAGGCAGAGCUGGCAGAACUGGGCCAAAAGUUCGUCAACUUAACGCACCACAAUCAGCAGGUGUUUGGCCCCUUCUACAUGGAGAUCUUAAAAACCCUCAUCCCCCCAGCCCAGGCACUGGAGACAGAAGUGGGGUCUCUCUGAUGACACUGGCUCCAAGCCCUGGUACCUUGGACCCAGGAGAGAAGCCCAUCAUUCUCUUGGGGUGACAUCACCAGUGACCAGCAGAGCAGCAAGCCCUCUCCCCGUCUGCAGCCAGUACACUACGCUGCAGUGACCAAGCAUGUAAACACUGGCUGGCCCAAACUCAUUCACUAAUAAACUUCUGAACUGCAAGCAAACGCCAUGCUUCCUGUGUGGCAGCUGUGGCCAGGCCCUGUGUCCUCUGCCCCCCACUAGUGAGCAGCCGGCAGGCCCUGGUUUUUCCUCCAGGUGCUGCCUUCAGCACGCAAAGCUGAGAAGCCAAGACACGCAGGUACUAUAACAUUAUAUAACAUUUUCUCUGAGGGUAAAGCAUUUCUCUGAGGGCUCUGAGAAUUCUGUGGAAUUAUCCAAAAUGUGAAUAUAUUUCUGGAAGUCAGAAAUUGGUUUUGUCUAAUUCAGUUCUCAGGAUUGAGUGUGAUUGAAAAAAGUUAUUAGAAACCUCAUUUCCAGGACCAGAUUCCC